CACUGCAGGAUUAUCCUGUGCAUGAGCUCCAGACGCACUCCACAACCAAGAACGCAUAAGAAUCAAGUACUGAACUAAAGCAAUAAAGGCCGAUAAUAUCACGGGCCAGACCUGUGUAAUGAUAUCUGGAUUAUUUUACUCUUAAAAGCUCCUGCCUUUGUUUAUGAAUGGGUUCACCGGUGUGCUUGAGGAAGUCCGCUUUUCUGCAGACGUGUUCAGUCUUGCUUCACAUCACCCAGCACCAUGUCUGGCUCUUACGAUGAAUCCGCUAUCUCUGAUGAGGCCAUGGACAGCUUUUGGGAGGUGGGAAAUUAUAAGCGUGCCGUCAAGAGAAUUGAUGACGGCCAUCGACUCUGCAAUGAUCUUAUGAACUGCCUUCAGGAACGUGCCAAGAUCGAGAAGUCCUACAGCCAGCAGCUCACUGAAUGGUCCAAAAGGUGGAGGCAACUGAUUGAGAAAGGGCCUCAGUAUGGUUCUGUGGAGCGGGCCUGGUUAGCUAUGAUGACAGAGGCCGACAAGGUGAGUGAACUUCAUCAAGAGGUGAAGAACGGUCUGAUGAACGAGGAUAUCGAAAAAGUGAAGAACUGGCAGAAAGACUCGUACCACAGACAGAUGAUUGGUGGCUUCAAGGAAACCAAAGAGGCAGAAGAGGGCUUCAAGAAAGCCCAGAAACCCUGGGCAAAGAAACUCAAAGAGAUGGAGACAGCAAAGAAGAACUAUCACAUGGCAUGUAAAGAGGAGAAAAUGGCUGCAGCCCGUGAGGCAGAUGCAUCCGUCACUCCUGACCAGCAGAAGAAACUCCAUGAGAAGACAGAGAAAUGCAAACAGGACGUGCAGAAGGCAAAGGAGAAGUAUGAGAAGUCUCUGGACGAGCUGUCGAAGUGCACACCACAGUACAUGGAGUGCAUGGAGCAGGUGUUUGACCAAUGCCAGCAGCACGAGGUCAAGCGACUGACCUUCCUCAAAGAGGUUCUUCUGGACAUCAAACGGCACCUAAACCUCACCGAGAACCAAAACUAUGCAGCAGUGUACCGUGACUUUGAACGCACCAUUCUGGCUGCCAACACACAAGAGGAUCUCAAGUGGUUCAGUAAUAAUCACGGUCCUGGCAUGCACAUGAACUGGCCCCAGUUUGAGGAAUAUAACCCAGAAGCCACCAAUGCUGUUGCUAAGAGAGAAAAGAAGAAGCCAGAUGGAGUCGCUCCAGCCACUCCCAGCACAGAGCAUGCAGGUCAACCAGGUGACCGUGGCAGUGUGAGCAGCUAUGAUAAGAACCAGGCGUACUCCACAGAAUGGUCAGAUGACGAGCAGCCCACCGGAUACUCGGGGAACGAGACGAACGGCGGGGCAAACUCUUUCGAGGAUGACUCGGGCAGCAGAGGAGGCGUGCGAGUGCGAGCACUCUAUGACUAUGAAGGGCAAGAGCAGGAUGAGCUAACCUUCAAAGCAGGUGAUGAAUUAACAAAGAUCGAAGAGGAAGAUGACCAAGGGUGGUGCAGAGGACGUCUGGACAGCGGCCGGACAGGCUUAUACCCGGCCAAUUACGUUGAGGAAAUCUGAUCACCUGACUGGAGGACAACACACCUUUGGAGGCAGCUCUGAUUGUCCGAUCUAUUAACAUGGCAAAAACGCCAGAGACUUAAUAUAGAACGACUUUCCCUGAAGAUGUGCAAUGCAGUCUUGUUUAAAAUCAAAAAAAUCUUAGUAAAGAUAGCCACACCAUGUAUAUAUUGAUUUUACCGGGGAGGCGGGGAAGAGCUUGCUCACUACUAAUAUCUAUUUGCAAAUAUUUAAAAAGCAUAUACAUACGUACAAACAAACAGAUAUGAACAAAUAAAUGACCCAUCAGUUAUGCAAGUACAGGCUACAUGUUAUUGGUGCAGAUUACAUGUUAUUUGAAAUUAUAUUACAGAUGUUAGCAUAAUAUCCAACUGAACAGAUAUUUAUGUGGCCACUCUGCUGUAUCUUAGGACACGGUUCAAUGUGCAAUUAUUGGGUACUCAUUCAUUGUCACGUGUUAAACAGAAAACGGCUCGCAACAGGCUAUUCGGUUUUCCUCUUACUCUCACCACCAGUCCAUGCCUCGUGGCGCUGAUUAUUAUAUUAGGUAUCGUUCUCUUGAUGUCUGUGUCUUUAUGCAUAGCAGCAUGUGCUAUGGAGCAUGUAGCCCUUGAUUCCUCAGGCCAUCUGUACCGUAUGCAAUUCCCACAGUGACCACAGAGGGCAGCAGACUCAUGUCAACCUCACACCAGGAAGUGGUGGAAAAUCUCAGGCUAUGUUCAGAACAGAAUACUACUUUAGCAGUGGUAUGGAUACUACAUACUAUUUUUAAAGAUAGUAUGUGAAACAUUAUGCAUUAUGAAUCAAGAACAGUGGUUGGGGUGGCACCAUAUUUCAUUUGUGAUAGGAAUGAAUUUGAGGCUUUGAGGGACUGAAGCACAGCACAUUCAAUGGAUUGAACUGCUGUUUAACAACAUAUACAGUUGAAGUCAAAAGUUUACAUACACCUUGCAGAAUUUGCAAAAUGUUAAUUAUUUUACCAAAAUAAGAGGAAUCAUACAAAAUGCAUGUUGUUUUUCAUUUAGUAUUGACCUGAAUAAGAUAUUUCACAUAAACAAUGUUUACAUAUAGUCCACAAGAGAAAAUAAUAGUUUACAUACACUUGAUUCUUAAUACUGUAUUGUUACCUGAAUGUUUUUUUUUUUUGCGAUAGUUGUUCAUGAAUCCCUUGUUUGUCCUGAACAGUUAAACUGCUCGCUGUUCUUCAGAAAAAUCCUUCAGGUCCCACAGAUUAUUUGUUUUUUUCAGCAUUUUUGUGCAUUUGAACCCUUUCCAGUGUGCAGGGAAAUUUUUCUAAAUUCAACUAUUAUUUUCUCUUGUGGACUAUAUGUAAACAUAUUUUAUGUGAAAUAUCUUAUUCAGGUCUGUACUAAAUAAAAACAACACCAUGCAUUUUGUAUGACCCCUCUUAUUUUGGUAAAAUAAUUAACAUUUUGCAGAUUAUGCAAGGUGUAUGUAAACUUUUGACUUCAAGUGUAGAUUCCUCAGCUGAGGAAACAUCUUUACAAAAAACAUUCAGUAGAAAAAAAAAUGGAAAAAGUUGUGAUUCGGCGAAAAUGACAUCAUGUAGGACCUUUAUACAGUGCAUGCCAUUGUAAAGACUGUAAGUCUGUCCAUCGCAGCUUCGUUUUCAUCCGUGUUAAAUUCAACGUGGUGUCUAACCUGGCUAAGAUCUAUUAUUGCAUGCAAGUGGCAUCCAUGUAUCAUGACAUAAUAGAAUCAGUCUUGUAUUUUAAUAGAGUUUUGUAUAAAAUGUCUCAUUAUUGGAUGAUACUGACAAAAUCAAAAGAGAUGUUAAACCAGAAUUAUUUAAAGCCGUGAUUUUUAUUCAUCAAGCUUCACAGCUAUGUUUUUAAGAAACAACAUCAUCUGGGUAAUUUCAUGCACUGUACCCAGUAUACUGCAUAGUAUGUAAGCACAAUGUUCUGAACAUAGCCACAGUUGUCCAACUGCUUGAUCGUUGCACAGUGUCAUCUCGUUUGUCGUGUGUUGUUCUUAGUUACUCCAAGAAGGUCUUGUAUCAGCUUCGUCUCUAUCUAUUCAUGGUCACCUCUUGAUACCAAAUCAAGGUUCUUCAGAUGGACAUGAAUGUUUCCUGUGCAUGAUUUGGGCUACUUAUGCACAGCACAUUGAACAGACAAAAUCCAUGAGUGAAUUUCACACCUGGACCACCACAUGCAUCACAAGUUACAAAACUGACAAACUGAUUCCCGGUAGUUUCAUUGCCUGUUAACUAACACACUCUGGUUUCGCAUCAAGACUAUGGCUUAAAACAAGUUCAAUUUUGAAAUCUAAUCAAUUUUUAAAUACUAACUCAAAUAAAAGUUAAAACAUGGUGCCAAACUAUGAUUUGCAGGCAAUAUAUUGUACAGUGGGCCAAAAAGUAUUUAGACACUUAAAGGCAUGGUUCACCCAAAAAUUAAAAGUCUGUCAUCAUUUACUCUUACCUAAGUUGUUCCAAAACUGUAUAUGUUUCUUUCUUCUAUUGAAUGCAAAACAUAUUUUAAAGAAUUUUGGUAACCAAAGAGUUGCCAGUAGUUAUUGACUUCCAUAGUGGGGAAUUCAGUGUGAAAUUCAAUGGCUACUGCCAAGUGGUUACACAGAUUCUUCAAAAUAUUUUCUUUAGUGCUCAAUAUAAGAAGAACAAAACUUCUGAACAAACUGAGGGAGAGUAAAUAAUGACAAAUUUCAUUUUUGAGUGAACUAUCCCUUUGAGCAACAUAACAAUUUAAAUAAAAGUUCAAAUAGAUUGCUAAAAUCAUGUGCAGGAUUUGACAUUUUUAUUGUCGAACCCAUUCAUACAUUUUCAAGGACUCAAGUGUCUGAACACUUUUUGGGAGCACUUUAUUUUUACUCCUCUCACUGCUGAACCCUGUACAACGAUAAGCCACGAUUUUGAUAAUGCAAGCAGCGCUCCUCACAUGCUUGUUUUUUCCAGAUUGCAGUACUAAAACAUAUAAAUAUGUGGAGUUGUGCAUCGUUCAUGAAGUUUCAGUGUGGGAGUGAAAAAAAAAAAAAUUUAAACAGGAUGUGACAAAAUACAUUCAGAGGAAAGACCCCCCCAGCAGCUUCAUGAUUUGUCUAAAACUGUUCAGUCUAGAAAAAAAAAAUGAACUUGCAUUGUUAAAAUAUUCUGUAACACGUACACAAAAAGAAGUACGGAAGGGAACACGUGUCGGGGUUGUCGUAUUGGGGAGUAUCCUCUUUAUUAUAUUCAGUGUGUAUGAGUUGUGUUUAUGUAUAGAAAAUACAAAUGUAGUGUUAUAACUGUAAAUGUUGGGUAACAAAAGAACAACGCUUUGAAAAAAAAAUAACACUGUAAUGCUCUAUAGGUACCAUAUUGUAUUAAUUUGAUUUUGACUGCAAUGAAAUCACUAUGUACCAUACCUGUAUAAAUGCGUGUGGGUCCACGCCGUCAUAUUUGUAUAUGAUGAUGUAAUUUAUUAAGAUUAUAUUCUACUGUAACUGUACAACUGUGUUGAGUAGAAACAAACACCUACGUUGAGACAGUAAAGAGCCGUGUAAUGUAAAUGCUAUUUUUCAUGUUGAUUUGUACUUUAUGCAAAUGAAGGGACGAAGGUUUAUGUCGUGAACGUUUCUCUUGCAGUGUAGAGGACGUGUGUAUGUUCAUAGUUAGUUGAUGUAAAUCGACCUCCUUGCUGGUGUAGUGCCUCCUCAUCCGUAACAUAACGUUCAUUUAUAUAUGCAUAAAGUUAAUGAUGAUGAACUUGAUGAUCAAAAUAAUGUCGAAAACCUGAUUUGAAGUUUUUGUGCUGAUGUCAAUAUUGCAAUAUUAGUUUGGAAGGAGAAAACAUGUUCGUUGAGAAAAACUGUGUGCUCCGUUUUUUUUUUUUCAUUGAGAAUGUUACCAAAACACUUGACAUGCUUUUCAGUUGUUUGCCAGUUCAUUUGGAAAGGUUCACACUAGUGUAAGGCACCUAAUUAGAAAAUAUUGUACAGCAUUUGCCCUUUUCACAAUGCAUAUUGUCCCAAGGCAGCUUUACAUAGAAUAGUAUUUGUUAGGAGGAAGACGACAGACUAGGAGGAACCAAGACUGUCCCCUCAGGUUGUUGCACAGUGGAUUAUAUUUGAGAUAUUUCAUCAGGACUUGUUUCUUAGGAGUCAAAUACACACCAGCUGAGCUUAACACAAAAAAAAGGCCACAGAACACUUAAAAUAAAUACUUGAAAAGCCUAAAUACAUGAAAGCCAUCAUGAGGCACCAGCAGGGAUGCACUUAGUGAUCAGGAAGCAUCUUACAUUUGUCUAAAGUGAUAAUGGGUUGGAUCUGAAUCCCGGAUUAGUGAACCUCUGGCGGGAUGUCCCAAAGUGUGGAUAAAAAAGGGAUGGAUGCUGUGAAACCUCCUCUUGUUGAUGCUUGUGUAAUCAAAUUAUUUUGCUGAAAUUCUUCACUCUGCGGCUACAUUCACAUCCGUCAGUGGUUAUAACAAA